AUGACUUUAUCAGACGAAGAAAUCAGAAAACUUUUCAGAGUCAAUAAAACCCUUAGCCAUAUGCUCAAAGAUCGUGGUUACAUUGUCACUGAUUCUGAACUUGAGAUGACACAUGAUCAGUUUAUCGACAAAUACGGCGAGAACAUGGAAAGAAAAGAUCUUCUUAUUCUCAAGACUAAGAAGAACAAUGACUCUGAUAAGAUCUUUGUCUUUUUCCUACAAGAAGCAAAAGUUAAAAUAGACGAAAUCAAGGCUUGCUUUGAGCGUAUGGAAUCUCAGAAAGUCUUCAGAGCAAUUCUUGUUGUGAAGGAAGAGAUAAACCGUUUCGGUCAAGCUGCCAUAACAGACGCAAACUCCAAACUAAAACUUUACGUGGAAGUUUUUAAGGAGACAGAGCUUUUAAUGAACGUAAAGGAACAUGCUUUUGUUCCGGAUCAUAUAGCUCUAACAGCUGAGGAGAAGAUGGCUUUGUUGGAGAAAUACACUGUAAAAGAGAAUCAGCUUCCACGUAUUCAGUAUACGGAUCCUAUUGCUAAAUACUAUGGGCUAAAACGUGGAGAAGUCGUGAAGAUCAUACGCAAUAGCGAAACAUCUGGUCGUUAUGUCACAUACCGCUUUGUUAUAUGA